UUCCCAGCCUGGCUGACAGGAUUGGGGAGCCAUGAACUGGGGGGUGUUCGAGGGGCUCCUCAGCGGCGUCAACAAGUACUCCACAGCCUUCGGCCGCAUCUGGCUCUCCCUCGUCUUCAUCUUCCGCCUGCUGGUCUAUCUGGUGGCGGCCGAGAGGGUUUGGAGCGAUGAUCACAAGGACUUUGAUUGCAACACGCGGCAGCCAGGCUGUACCAAUGUCUGCUUUGACCACUUCUUCCCUGUCUCCCACAUCCGCCUCUGGGCCCUGCAGCUCAUCCUGGUGACAUGUCCGUCCCUCCUGGUCAUCAUGCACGUGGCCUACAGGGAGGCCAAGGAGCAGAGGCUCCGUGAAACCAAAGGGGACAACUAUCGCUGCAUCUACCCCAACCCUGGCAAGAAGCGGGGUGGGCUCUGGUGGACAUACCUGCUCAGCCUCAUCUUCAAGGCCAGCGUGGACGUGGUCUUCCUCUACAUCUUCUACCGCUUCUACAGGAACUACACCCUGCCCCGGGUAGUGAAGUGCGAGCUGCCGCCCUGCCCCAAUGUGGUGGACUGCUUCAUCUCCCGGCCCACCGAGAAGAACAUCUUCACCCUCUUCAUGGUGGUCACCACCUGCGUCUGCGUGGUGCUGAACAUCAUUGAGGCCACCUACCUGAUCGGGAAGCGGUGCCGUGAGUGCCUGCAGGCCGGAGGAGGGGACAGCCGGCAGCACAGCCACGACUGCCCCAUCUCCUGCGCCGACCCCGUGGGCACGGGUGGGCAGGUGUUCCACGGGGCGGACUACAAACCCCCCACGGCCACCAUCCCACUCACAGCCUCCUGCCCCAGCACGCUGUCCGAGGAUGAGGCUCAUUCCUAGAGCUGCCCAAGAGAAAGCAGGAACCGGUCACUUGGCCUGCAACUUCCUGGCUGCUCUUGCUCCUCUCUGCCCCAGUCCACUCCAGAGCUGGGCUGUGCCUGAGAGGUCUCUGCCUCUCUUGUCCUGGGAAAGGCAUUUUACAUCAUCCUGCUGAAUUUGGGGUAAAGCAAGGGCUGCAGGACACAUGCUAUCCCUGGGAGUGACAGGGAGCAGCAGUUCUAUGGCAGCUGUGAACUAACAGUGGUACAGCCAGCACAGACAACCUGAUCCCCCAGGAAACCCCUCUUCCUAUAUCUCACCCUACAUCAGCCAUUCAGUGGGUGUCAGGGCCACCUCAGACUGAUGCAAUUGUCAUUAAUAAUACUCAUUAGCUGAGUGGGGACAAGAGCAGGUCCCUGGUGCCGCAGCCACAAUAGGCAUGAGGAUCCGACCAGGUAGGCAGUGCCUGCUGUGGGCUGCUGGAUCAUCCUGCCUGGCCUGGGCAAAACACCUGAGCAAAACAACCAAACACAAGAGAGGAAAAA